AUGGGCGCGAUAGGAAGGCAGACAGUAAACACCGCUCAGAGGCUCAAGAGCCUUCGAGAACUCAUGAGGAAACCCGAGUUCGAUGUCAAAGUUGUCGUCGUUCCCAGCGAAGACGAACAUUUCAGCGAAUAUCCCGCCGAGGCGGACAAAAGGCGGGGUUUCAUAUCUGGUUUCAAUGGUUCUGCAGGACGUGCGGUGGUCACAUUAAAAGAUGCUUUUCUUUUUACCGAUGGGCGGUACUUCCUCCAGGCUGAACAACAACUGGACAAAAAUUGGACUCUGAUGAAGCAAGGUUUACCAGAUGUUCCUACAUGGCAAGAAUUCCUGUCGAAACACCUGGAGGAGGGCAUCAGGAUCGGUAUCGACCCGACACUAAUCCUAGCGAGUGGUUGGUGGACACUGAGACAGAACCCGGUCGACGUCGUAUGGGGGACUGAACGUCCACAGCGCCCUAAAAAUAGGGUCUUUGUGCUAGACAUCGAAUAUACAGGUGAGCAGUUCAGCACUAAGCUCAAGCGGGUUCGGGAAGAAAUGGCCAAGAAGAAUGCAACUGCGAUGGCUGUUACUUUACUGGAUGAAGUUGCAUGGCUGUUUAACCUCCGGGGUUCCGACAUUGACUUUAACCCUGUUUUCUUUGCAUACGCCAUCGUCAUGCGGGAUUCUGCUGUGCUUUUCGUUGAUGAAAAUCAGGUGGACGAUUCAGUCAAAAUUCACCUUGGGCAAGAAGUCAGCAUUCGACCAUAUGAGGAGUUCUUGCCUUACCUCAGAUCCCUUGCUACGGAUUCUUUGGUUAAAAAAGACGAGCCUGUUUUGCUAGGGGACAAAACAAACCUUGCAGUUGUGGAGGCUCUUGGGGAGGAGAACGUGAUUAUUAUGCCAUCUCCUGUGGCGGCACUUAAAGCUAUCAAAAAUCCCGUCGAGAUCGAAGGUUUCAGACAAUGCCAUAUUCGAGAUGGAGUGGCUUUGGCUCGUUAUUUCGCUUGGCUCGAGCGGCAACUAAGCAAAGGAGAGAAAGUGGACGAGUAUCAAGGAGCCGAACAACUUGCAAAGUUCCGAUCUGAGCUCGACAAGUUUAUGGGGCUAUCAUUCACAGCUAUCUCGUCGGCUGGACCCAAUGCAGCUAUAAUUCACUAUUCUCCGGAUCCCAAUGACUGUGCUAUGAUUACGAAGGACCAAAUAUACCUAUGCGACUCCGGCGGCCAGUACCUCGAUGGUACAACUGACGUUACUCGAACCUGGCACUUCGGAGUACCCUCUGAUGACGAAAAGCGAGCCUUUACCCGUGUCCUGCAAGGACAUAUAGCUAUGGACACGGCCGUCUUUCCCGCUGGUACAACCGAUGCUUUCGCACGCAGACCGCUAUGGGAAGAUGGGCUUGAUUAUAGGCACGGAACUGGACAUGGUGUGGGACAUUUCUUGAACGUACACGAGGGCCCACAGGGGAUUGGGACGCGAAUCACUUAUAACAGCACAGCACUCAAGCCUGGAAUGACGGUAUCGAACGAGCCGGGUUACUAUGCCGACGGAAAAUGGGGCAUCCGGAUCGAGAACGUUGUCAUCGUGCGCGAAGUUAGCACACCUUACAAUUUCGGAGGUGUUAAAUAUCUCGGAUUUGAGCACGUUACGAUGUGUCCAAUGCAGAAAACCCUGGUUGACCUGUCCCUCCUAACGGCCAACGAGCGGGCGUGGUUAAACAACUAUCACGAGGAGGUCUUCCAGAAAGUAUCUCCCUACCUCAAGGGGACGGACGAGGUAGCUUUGGAGUGGCUGAGGAGGGUGUGCGCUCCAGUCUGA